AAAAAUACAAGGAAAUUUGAGUCAGCCAAAAAAACAACCCAAUUCCAAAUUGCAAUGAAUGAAACAACUUAUCCAACAUGAAAAAAAAAUCCUAAAUUUAACCAAAACUAAACAAAGUUCCAUCACAGCAACACAGUUCUUACGCGCACCAAAAUCAAACCCAACCCAACACCUAAAUUAAGAACAACCAUUUUUAUCUUUCCCUUAAUAAAUUCUCAUUCAUUCCAUUUUUCAAAUCAUUCACAUUCAUUCUCAUCAUCCAAACACAAAGCCAUACACGCAUCAAUCAAUGUCUCAUCAUCCUCUCUUCCUCUGAAAGAACAGCGUUCAGUUUCUUCUUCCCCUUCCUGUGGUGCCGUGCGGUGUUUCAUGGCAGCAACAACCGGGUGAAGCAACGAAAACGACGCUGUUCUGAACAACAAAACGAGAAAAAACAAUGGAGGUUGAGAGGAUGAAACAGUUGAUGCUUCUUUCUUUUGGAAAACAAAGUUCACAUGUGGCUCUUGUGGGUGGAAACCACACCGCUGCAAGGUUCUGCACUCGCUAAAGUUCUCACUUUUUCCGGUUUUUUCUUCAUUUUCGUAUUCAUUUUCUCUUUUCUGCAUCUGGGUCAUCUUCAUUUUUUAGAUUAACGUAAUGGGUAAGCAACAUUUGCAAGGUGGUAGGGUUGGUUUAACUUCUGAUGCUUUCUUGGUGAUUAAGGUUCCUGAUACACGGUUUUUACGUAUUGCGUCGCGUUCUUUGUUUUUGGCUUUGUUUUUUGUUGCAUUUCCUUUCUUGGGGUCUUUUUUAAAAGGGUUAGUUGUUUCUGGAUUUGAUGCUAUUGUUGUUAAUGCUUCAACUUCAACUUUUGUUUCCAUCAAUGUUGAGGUUUUGAAUUCCAUUCUUCAUGAUUUGGGUGAUGAGGGUCUUCUUAAAAAGGAGGAUAAGGCUCUUAUUAUGAGCCCUCCGCGUGGGUUUGAAGGUGGUGAUUCUUUGUUGAAUUGGAAUAGCGAGGUUGAUGUUGUUAGGCAUGAUGAGUCUUAUGAUUUUGCGUUCGCACCAAGCUUUGAAGAUGCUGUUUUGGUUGAUCCUGUUCUGAAAAUUGAUGGCAUUGUAGCUUUUCCUUUGAGCCUUGAUGACUCGUCAAAUGCUGGCUUUAGAAAACAAUCUAAUUAUAAAGUUGUGUAUCUUAGGCGUUAUGAUUCUAUUUUUGUUGCAUUGAGGAAAAUUGGUGUCGAAAAUAAUUUGGUAGAUUCUACACCAAGGAAGAGGCUUUGUCAGUUUGCAACAGUGGCCAAGACAACGGCUUUAGAGGGUCUCGAAGAUGCGCUCCUUGAGCCACCAAGACAGGAUUCUGCCAAAUCAAACAAGAACUUGAAGAUCAAGUACCUGCCUGAGUUGUUGGGUGAUUCUCUAGACGGUUACAAGCGAAGAGUCUUUGUUGGUGUGGGUUUGCGUGACGAAAACAAAGCAGCAGUUGAAUGGUUUGAGAGAAACUAUCCAAAGAAGAGUACAAAAUUUGAAAUCCACAAUCUACAGGUAGCACCGGAAGAACCGAAUGUGCCUCAAACUGAUGUUUCUGCUUGGUUAUCUAAGCAUGUUAAGGCGGAUGAGUAUGUUGUGAUGAAGGCUGAAGCAGAUGUGGUGGAGGAAAUGAUGCGGAAAAAGACAAUUUGCUUAGUCGAUGAAUUGUUCCUCCAAUGUAACAAUCAAUGGUGGCAGACUGGGACGAGAAAGAAGAGUGGUAGAGCAUAUUGGCAGUGCUUGGAUUUGUACGGAAGGCUGAGGGAUGAGGGUGUUGCAGUACACCAAUGGUGGGGCUGAAUGAAGCAUACAUGCCACUUGAUUAGUGCUAGCCUAUUAUGUGUUGAUGUAAUAUGCUCUGUAGUACUUACACUCUUGGCUUUUCUAUUUUAUGGUUUUAUCCGUUUCUAGUUUUUGAAUUUGUGUCUAGAGAGAACUGAGUAUGCAAUCUAUGUAACUGACCUGUACCGACUUGUAUAUGUUUUCACAAUGCUAACUGUAACAAUGAUGUGGUGAUAUAAAUGAACGGAUUGUGUUUCAUCUA